AGUGUGAGGGAAACUAAUCCAUGAGUGAGACACAGAUCACAAAAGAGAGAUGGAGAAGAGCUUGUUAACAAAAGAGAGAGAAGAGAAAAGAGAGGGUUGUUGUUUAAGCAUAACAACAUGGGGAUGGGGUCAUGGUGAGUUUGUUCAAGAGGCCAAAAGAAUAGGGUACUUAGCAGGACCUAUGGUGGCUGUGAAUUUGUCACAGUAUUUUCUGCAAAUUAUAUCAAUUAUGAUGGUUGGUCACCUUAGUCAGCUCUCUCUCUCUAGCACUGCCAUUGCUAUCUCUCUCGCUGCUGUCUCCGGCUUCAGUCCUCUUUAUGGAUUGUCUACUGCACUGGAAACUCUAUGUGGACAAGCAUAUGGAGCUCAGCAAUAUCAAAAACUAGCAAAUCAAACGUAUACAGCUAUUUUCUCUAUAAUUUUGGUUUGUCUCCCUCUAUCUCUUGUUUGGAUCUACAUGGGAAAGUUUCUGGUUUUAAUGGGUCAAGACCCUACAAUUUCACAUGAAGCUGGUAAAUUCAUAAUAUGGCUCAUUCCUGCACUCUUUGCUUAUGGAACUCUUCAAGCCCUUGUUCGAUAUUUUCAGACACAAAGUUUAAUCAUUCCCUUGCUAGUAAGCUCUUGUGUUACUCUUUGUUUCCAUAUACCUCUGUGUUGGGUUUUAGUAUACAAGUCUAGACUAGGACAUCUUGGAGCAGCAUUAGCCAUUGGUAUGUCAUAUUGGUUGAAUGUGAUUUUACUUGGACUGUACAUGAAGUACACUAAUGCCAGUUCAAAAACCAGGGUCCCAAUUUCUAUGGAGAUGUUCCAAGGAAUUGGAGAAUUCUUCCGUUUUGCAAUUCCUUCUGCUGUAAUGAUUUGCCUUGAAUGGUGGUCAUUUGAGCUGCUUAUCCUGUUGUCAGGGCUUCUACCAAAUCCAACUGAAACUUCAGUCUUGUCUGUGUGUUUGUCAACCAUCUCAACACCCUACAUGAUACCGGAUGGAAUUGCUGCUGCAGCAAGCACUAGAGUUUCAAAUGAAUUAGGAGCUGGGAAUCCACAAGGAGCACGUUCAGCUGUCGCUGUAGUGAUGUCUAUUACGGUUGCACAGGCACUCAUAUUAAGCUUAGCCCUCUUUGCCAGCCGCGGUGUUUUUGGUUAUGUUUUCAGCAAUGACAUAGAAGUAGUAGACUAUGUCACAACCAUGGCUCCUUUAGUAUGUCUAUCAGUUAUACUGGACAACUUACAUGGUGUUCUUUCAAGUUAAUUGCUUUAUACACCUCUCUUGGUAACAUGUAAUUACAUUUCAGUGUAUGCAUUUAUGGGCAGCUGAGCUCAAUCUAGUGUUUC